AUGAUCCCUGCCAGGGCGGUGCCACGCUGGGUCCUGCCCAGCCUCUUCGCUUCCUUUCACUUCAGCUCCCUCCUGGCCCUGAGCAGCCUGUUCUUCUCCUUCCCCUGCACCAAGAGCUUGCUGGCUGUGGGCUACCACCUUCUGCUCUCCUUCCAUUUCAGAUGCAGCUGGCUGGCCAUCCACGUGUCCCUGGCUUUCCCCCUGGUCGCGGGCAUCCUUUUCAUCCCAGCCGUGGCCAACCUCCUGCUAGCCAGCUUCACAGACCCUGGGAUCCUUCACCGAGGUAACAGGAGCAUGGCCCAGGCUCCCGAGGGGCGGGACAGACGAGGCUGCGUUGAUGUGAGGGGCCAGCCGGGCAGCGCCAAAGCACAGGAACCCACGCAGCCUGGGCAGCGGCAGUGCCAGCACCCCACUAGGUCCAGCCAAGGGCUCAUGCAGGGACCUUGUUCCCUGGUGCUGCACCACCAGCCCUGCUUUGAGCUCCCUGCCCAGCUCCUUCUGAGGCUGGUGCCGGGCCAGGCCCUGUCGCUGGGAGUGCAGUCUCACCCCCCGCGGUGUCUCCCUGAGCCAGGGGCCGAGGGCCGGGCCAGGUUAGUGAUCCAGGCACUUCGUGUCAAGGAGAGACGCUUCGAUCUGCACUGGUGCCAGAAGUGCCAGUACUACUGCCCGCCACGGACCUUCCACUGCCCCUGGUGCAACGUCUGCGUGGAGGAGUUCGACCACCACUGUAAGUGGCUGAACAACUGCAUUGGCUGCCGCAACUUCCGCUUCUUCUUCCUGUUCGUGGCCUUCCUGUGCAGCUACAACGUGGUGGUUCUGGCUUCCUGCAUCACCUACCUGGCGCUCAACUCCCACCAGGCCUAUGGUGCCGAGAAGAUCUGUGCCAUCCUGGUGACCAUCCCGGCUGCUCUCUACUUGCUGCCUCUCCUGAUCCUGGUGGGAUCCCAGGCCAGUUUCAUCACUCUGGCUAAACACACCUAUGAGCUCAAGCCUCGCGAGGAGGGCAGAGCGAAUCCCUUCGACCUGGGAUGGGCCAGGAACUGGUACGCGGCCCUGUGUGCCCCACAGGGACCAAAGUACAUGGUGAGAGCCGCCGAACCAAAGGCAGCGACCCGCAGGGGCAGGAAGGUCUCCGUGGCCCAGCUUCUUCCUCCGAUGUCAUGCCUGAACACGGCAUCUCCGGGACUCUCAUCCCACCGCUGCCUCCAGGACCUGCCUGGCCAGGGGAGGGCAGCCCAGGUUGGUGCCAAGGGGACCUGGUGGCCAGCAAGCCCAGAGAGGAAGAUGAACGUUGCUAUGACAGGUGAGCAGAACCUCCCAGAUUGCUCCCCGUUCUCACCCAGCGUGGCACCCUCAGAGCCCUGCUUUCCUCUGGUCUUCACUCUGGGGCUUCACACACAUGCACAAAGUCCAGGCGUAAAAUCUCCUCCACACCCCUCCCCAAAAUCAAUGGCAAAACUCCCAUUGACUUCAGUGGGGACCAGAAUCUCCAAGCACUUUACAAAGGAAGGCAGUAUCUUCAUCCCCACGGUACAGCAGGGAAACUGAGGCACAGACAGGGGACGUGACGUAUCGAAGGUUACCCAACAGGCCAAUGGCAGAGCUGGGAAUGGAGCCUAUGUCUCCCAGUCCUCUGGUCCAUCCUCUAGGCCACACUAACUCACCUUUUGUAGCCCUGAGGCUUUCCUUUGCCAUUCGGCACCUCAGCAGGCAGGAAGGCUGGUAGGAGGUUGUGACAGAAGCGGGAAAAGUCCCAGCCAACAACACAGAGGCCGAGGUUUUCAUGUUAAAAGGAAAAGACUUGCCAGGCAUGUCGGCGGCAUCGCUGGGUCUCUUUUCCACUGGCAACACGUGAGUAGCUGUCACAAGCCUUGGAGGAAGAUUCGUCAGCUCCGUUCAUGGCCGGGCUGGUCGGCAUUUUCCUCAUUUUGGUUUCUUGCUGCAGUUGUUGGCAUUUCAGCAACCCCAAUGCAAAAUGUCAGCACAAACAUUCAGAGCAAUGCUUGGAGCUUCUCCCCGGCCGCUAGCGCUGGCUGACGCGGUUCCACCCUGGGAAACACUUUGUCCCACACUUCGAAACGGACUGAAAACCCUUUCAAUGAACUGGGCGAUCUUCACAGAACUGUUUGCUGUUUUCUUCUACCGGCUCCAACUCAUGGAUUGAGGGGCCAGAAGGGACAAUAGUGCUCAUCUAAUGUGACGUCCUGCAUAGCACAGGACAGAAACAUUCACCCAGUGACAAACUGAAAUCUAUUUUAACAAGAACAGGUUUAGAGUCAGUUCAGA